AUGGUACUCAGUUGCUUUGUGCCGCCGGACUAUGAGAGAGGUCAACCGACCGACCGAGUGUGCAUCGGGCCACCAGUGGACUUGCCGCUGACAACAACGUCCUUACAGCUGGCCCAGUUGCUGUUGAGUUUUCUCGCACAGGAGCGAGAGCGAGCCUCCAAAGAGCGAUGGGCUAACCUGCGAACGCUCGCUGCAGCCAGCCGCAACCGCAAACGAGACAACUCCCGGAACGCUAGUGACGCCGAUCAGCUCACUGAGAGCCAGAUCCUAGCUGAUCAGGAACGUCUGGCUGUUCUCCAAGCAGAGCACUGGGAGGCCUCGGAGAAAGAGCGUGCCGAAGCAGAGCUCUACGCCGACUGGUCGAAACGACUAGAGCACUUGGCGCGUGAACUAGAAGCCAGCACCACGCCCGAUGACACGAAUAGUGCUGGUGCUGCUGGUAUCGCUUUGCAGCAACUAGCGGCAUUGCCGUUCGCAUUCGUUGUCCUGGAGACCGGUCGCGAAGUCCGACAAACCUUGGCGGACGCACUAUCUACUACGCAGAUGACCAGCACCGAACGCUUGCUGCAUAUUCAGUUCUUUCUCCAGGCUUCUUUCCGCAUUCGCUUGAUAUCACGAUGCUCGGCUACUGUGCCGGGACACACGGAUGCAAUCCUGUGUCUGAGUUUCUCGCCUGAUGCCAAGUGGCUGGCGUCGGGCUCUGGGGAUAAAACGGUACGGCUAUGGGACCCGGACGCUCAGCUUCCACGAGCGAUGCUCAACGGACACCAGGGAUGGGUCCUCAAUCUCGCCUGGUCACCGGAUGGGCGUUGGCUUGCCUCCGGAUCCAUGGAUCAUACGGUCCGGAUCUGGGAUAUGGAGUCUUGUUUGGUGUCGGGUCGCGGGUCCAAAACGAACGCAUCCGAUGUGCGCUGGGUAUUUACAGGCCAUAGCCGCUGGAUAACGGCGCUGUGCUGGGAGCCGUACCAUUGUAACCAGGGACGCUGUGAGCGACUCGCUUCUGCAAGCAAGGAUGGUAGUAUUCGCGUGUGGAACAUCCGACUCGGACGCUGUGAGCGCUCCCUAACUGGUCACUCUGCCAGCGUCACCGCACUGCGUUGGAGUGGGCACGGAAUGCUCUACUCCGCGAGCCAGGACUGUACGAUUCGGGUGUGGGAACCAAGCACUGGCGUCUGCUGGAAAGUUCUGCCAAUCCACGGCCACUGGGUGAAUGCCAUGACCCUCCAUACUGACCAUCUGUUGCGUUGUGGUGCAUAUAGCGUUGAGGACAACGCUGGGCGCUCGAACGGUGCCGCUGCUUCCCGCAUUCGGCGCUUGUCGGUGGAGGAGGCAGCGGAUCGCGUUGCCCGCCUUGGUCCAGAGCGACUUUGCGCGGGCUCAGAUGAUCAUACGCUCUCGCUGCUGACGCUGGAAUUCGACAGAAACCAAGACUGGUCGACGGCACGUUGGCGCGUCAAGCGCCUGACCGGACAUCAGCAGCUGGUGAAUCAUGUGAGUUUCUCGCCAGAUGGGCGAUGGAUCGCCUCAGCGUCGUUCGACAAGUCGGUUCGAUUAUGGAACGGGUUUUCGGGUCAACAUGUUGCCACGUUUCGCCAGCAUGUACAGGCAGUGUAUAUGUGUUGCUGGAGCUCAGAUUCCCGUCUUCUUGCCACGGCAAGCAGGGAUAGCACCGUGAAGGUCUACGAUAUUCGGGAAGGUCUUCUCAAAAGGGAUCUUCCCGGUCAUGCUGAUGAGGUCUACGCAAUCGAUUGGUCUGUGGACGGUCGAACAGCUGCUUCCGGGGGCAAGGAUUGCGUACUAAAGCUCUGGCGCUAG